GUAUCGUUACCGCUAAACGAUAUCGCUCCGCAGCCUCCCUCAUCCUCUCUAUUCGGAGCCUGGGAUUUGGGUUAGUCCCCACUUGCUAUGGACUCCAGCGAUCCUCACGCGCAGACGACGAAUGUGAACGCGUACGGAACCAGCAACAGCACGGGGGAGGCCUUCAGCAAUGCAGCGGGCGACGACAGCGCUGCCCUCUGGCCGCAGGCACCGGUGCAGCUUGCUCGAGGACGUCAACCACGCGACGCACUGGCCAAGAUCAUCCCGUACAGUGUCUCGUCCAUGGACGAGUUCGAGGCGGCUCUGCGCGAAUAUCUGAAUGCCCCGCCCGAGCAGCCUGAGCACACUGAGGCCCAGCUCUCCUUCUGGAUCGGCACCAGCUUCAUGGUGUCGGCGCCUGCCCAUCCCAACCCGCAGCAGCAAUCGUCGCAGCAGCAGCAGCAGCAGCAGCAGCAGCAGCCCCCGCGGCACCUCGCCCAGCAGAGCCCGCACGCGCUCCCGGGUUACCAGCCUGUGAGUGGCUUCCAAGCACAGUACGGCGGACCCUCGCACGCGUACCAGUCUGUGUCAGACCCCGCCAUUGCCCUGACACUGCCGCCCAACUUCCAGCAGCCACCCAUACCGAAUGGCGCGAACAACAUCGCUGCGGGCAAGAAGCCGGAGCAGAAGGUCAGCCUGAGCAUCAUGGAGGCGCUGCAGCACACGGCCGACCCCAAGGACAGGAUGCGCAAGCAGCGCGCCAUCGCCAAGUGCUGCGUCGAUGCCAUCCAGAGGAUCGACGGCUACCGGUACAGCUUCCACAAUUGCUGGAACAGCAGAGAGGACGACAGCUUCCGCUUCUCGUACUACUGCAACGACUCGCUGCUCAACAAGGACCGCGCUGCGAACGGCAAGGGCGCGAAGCUGGGGAAGCGCGCGACGAAGCCGGUAUAUGACUGCAAGGGUGUCCUGUCGAUCAAGUUCUCGGCAACCAAAGAGGCCCUGGACGUCUUCUACAAGCACGUUCCAGUGCAUAAGACGUACGAAGAGCGAGCGCCGCCUCCACGGAAAGAUUCGAAGAGGCGGAAGUUUUUGGAGGAGAACGAUCCGGAGGCGCUUGCGAGGAUAGUGAAUCGACCGAAGGACGAUAGUGCUGAGCCCACGCCCAGACUAAAGAAGAAAAAGCCGUCGAGACCAGAGCCACCCAGGCCAUCGAAUACCUCUCUGGAGAGUGAUUUGAGGGCACAGAGUCUGCAGUCGUUGUUGUUGCUGAUUAGAGAUGAUGCGUCUGCACCGCCGGAACUACCUCCUCCCCCAGAGCCAGAGUCAGCUAUUCAGCAGCCUGUAACCGUACUGCAGUCGCCGAUUCAACCGCCUCAGAACCAGCUUGCCCAGCAGCAACAGCGAAAGCGGCCUAGGAACAGCUGUGAUGUUUGUAAGGCCAAGAAGACCAAGUGUGACGGUGUACGACCUAUCUGCCAAACUUGUGUUGACAAGAAGCGGCAGUGCUUCUAUUCAGAGCCACCUCUGGGCCAUGAUCGUCGUCAGUCAAUGGCGGUCAGUGAGCCGGUACGACAAGUCCCAGCACCUAGCAGCGAGCUGUCCGAGCUGGAGAAGAUGAAGAAGGAGCUCGAGGAAGCAAAGGCUCGGAUUCAGCAACUGGAGCAAGAGAAAGGAGCAUCUACGACACCCGUGCAGACACCGCAGACAGCCACACGACCGCAAUCGCAACCGCAGCCGCAACAGCAGCCACAUAUCCAACCUCAACAGCGCAAUCCGAUACCUCAUGCGCAAACACAAGUACAUGCACAGCAGCAGCAGCAACAACAAGCACAGCAGCGCCAGCAGGUGGCCCAGAAUCAUCGUCAACAACUUCAACAACUCAACCAAGUUGCCCAACGCCGCAACAGCCCUCAGCAGAUUGCUUAUAACCUGGACGGACAGCCAGUGCAGCAGCAGCAGCAGCAGCAGCAGCGCCUACAAAGCCCACAACAGCCCUUGCAAACAGCACAACAACAACAACAACAACAACUCCAGACCGCUGCGCAGGCAAUGCCUCUCCAGGCCCAACAAACCUACUUCACAGCCGCGAAUCACACACCAUACGGCACACUGAACCGCUCCAUGACACAGGGAUCCUUAUCCUCGCAGUCUGCCCAAAAUGCACUAUCUUCUCAGAGCUCAUUGUCGUCGUCCACUGGGCUUAGACAAACGCAACAGCAGGGCCAGUUGCAUAACAGCGGCAGCCUUGCGAGUGGCGGGUCUGUGGAUGCUAGUAGUUUGUAUGGAAGUGUCGGUAGGAACGAUCUCAAUUGGCCGCCGGCGGCGUACUAUGGGUACCAGAGUGCGCAGCAGCAGCAGCAGCAGGAUCAGUGGGGGGCAGCGAGGGGGUCGAACGUUUUUCGGUGAAUUGAGCUGAAAACAUGACCGGUGUUGAGCAACAGCAUAUUAUACCCAACAAUGUAUUCUUUUCUUGGAACCCUGAGUA